AUGGAUGGGAAAACUGUAGGAGAGCCUACUCAAGUGGUGUCUAAAUUCAAACUUUCCACCAAAGUAGACAGCACUGGACACUGGCUGGUGGAAGAUCAUGCUCGGAUAUGGGAAGUUUUAAAGACAGAGGAGAGCUCAAUUCAGGACUGGGGUGAAGAGGUAGAGGAAGGAGCUGUUUACCAUGUCACCCUCAAAAGAGUCCAGAUUCAGCAGGCUGCCAAUAAAGGAGCAAGAUGGCUAGGGGUUGAAGGGGACCAGCUGCCUCCAGGGCAUACAGUCAGUCAGUAUGAGACCUGUAAGAUCAGGACCAUAAAAGCUGGCACCUUGGAGAAGCUUGUGGAAAACCUGCUGACAGCUUUUGGGGACAAUGACUUUACCUAUAUCAGUAUCUUCCUGUCAACAUACAGAGGCUUUGCCUCCACUAAAGAAGUGCUGGAACUGCUGCUGGACAGGUACGGGAACCUGACAAGCCCACACUAUGAAGAAGAUGGAAACCAAACUUCAUCAGAAUCCAAGACAGUGAUUAGGAAUGCAAUCGCCUCAAUCCUGAGGGCCUGGCUUGACCAGUGUGCUGAAGACUUCCGAGAGCCCCCUCACUUCCCUUGCUUGCAGAAACUGUUGGAUUAUCUCAAACGGAUGAUGCCGGGCUCUGACCCAGAGAGAAGAGCACAAAAUCUCCUAGAACAGUUUCAGAAGCAAGAAGUGGAAACUGACAAUGGGCUUCCCAACACCAUGUCCUGCAGCCUGGAAGAGGAAGAGGAACUAGAGGGUGGAGGGUCAGCAGAAUUCACGUUCUUCUCAGAAGAUCUUGUGGCGGAGCAGCUGACCUAUAUGGAUGCACAACUAUUCAAGAAAGUAGUGCCUCACCACUGCUUGGGUUGCAUCUGGUCUCGAAGGGAUAAGAAGGAAAACAAACAUUUGGCUCCUACAAUCCGGGCUACCAUCUCUCAAUUUAAUACCCUCACCAAGUGUGUUGUCAGCACCAUUCUGGGGGGCAAAGAACUCAAAACGCAGCAGCGAGCCAAAAUCAUCGAGAAGUGGAUUAACAUUGCUCAUGAAUGUAGAAUCCUGAAGAAUUUCUCCUCUUUGAGAGCCAUCGUUUCGGCACUGCAGUCUAAUUCCAUCUAUCGACUGAAAAAGACUUGGGCUGCAGUCCCUAAGGACCGAAUGCUGAUGUUUGAAGAACUUUCAGAUAUCUUCUCAGACCAUAAUAACCAUUUGACCAGCCGGGAACUACUGAUGAAGGAAGGAACAUCAAAAUUUGCAAACCUGGACAGCAGUGUGAAAGAAAACCAGAAGCGUACUCAGAGGCGGCUUCAGCUCCAGAAAGACAUGGGUGUGAUGCAGGGAACUGUGCCCUACCUGGGGACCUUCCUGACUGACCUGACCAUGCUUGAUACUGCUCUUCAGGACUACAUUGAGGGUGGGCUGAUAAACUUUGAGAAAAGGAGAAGGGAAUUUGAAGUGAUUGCCCAGAUAAAGCUAUUACAGUCUGCCUGCAACAGCUAUUGUAUGACCCCAGACCAAAAGUUCAUCCAGUGGUUCCAGAGGCAGCAGCUUCUAACAGAGGAGGAGAGCUAUGCCCUCUCUUGUGAGAUUGAAGCAGCUGCAGACACCAGCGCCACCUCGCCCAAGCCUCGCAAGAGCAUGGUGAAGAGGCUCAGCCUACUGUUUCUGGGCUCAGACAUUAUCACCAGUAGUACUCCCACCAAAGAGCAGCCCAAGUCCACCGCCAGCGGGAGCUCUGGCGAAAGCAUGGACUCUGUCAGCGUGUCAUCCUGUGAGUCUAACCACUCUGAGGCUGAAGAGGGCUCUAUCACUCCCAUGGACACACCUGAUGAGCCCCCCAAAAAGCUGUCCGAAUCCUCCUCCUCAUGCUCCUCCAUCCAUUCCAUGGACACAGCUUCCUCAGGGAUGUCGUCCUCAGUCAACCCCCUCUCCUCUCCUCCGUCCUGCAGUAGCAACCCUAAAAUCCACAAGCGCUCCAUCUCCGUGACAUCCAUUACCUCGACAGUGCUGCCUCCUGUUUACAACCAACAGAAUGAAGACACCUGCAUAAUCCGCAUCAGUAUAGAAGACAACAAUGGCAACAUGUACAAGAGCAUCAUGUUGACGAGCCAGGAUAAAACCCCCGCCGUGAUUCAGAGAGCAAUGCUGAAGCACAAUCUGGACUCAGACCCGGCCGAGGAGUAUGAGCUCGUGCAGGUCAUCUCGGAGGACAAAGAGCUAGUGAUCCCAGACUCUGCGAAUGUCUUUUAUGCCAUGAAUAGCCAAGUGAACUUUGACUUCAUUUUACGCAAAAAGAGCCCCAUGGAGGAACAAGUGAAAUUGCGUAGCCGGACAAGCUUGACAUUGCCCAGGACAGCUAAACGGGGCUGCUGGAGCAACAGACACAGCAAAAUCACCCUUUGA